AUGGCUGACAAUAGCUACACGCGUGAGGAGGAAGAUUACGAGGACGAGGAGCUUGAUGAGACCAGCUUCAAAUCGGUCAAGGAUGCAGUGCUAUUUGCCAUAGACAUUAGCAGCUCUAUGCUGACGCCUCGUCCAUCACCUGAUCCGAAGAAACACAGCGACGAGUCACCCGCCUCUGCUGCCCUGAAAUGCGCAUACAGUCUCAUGCAACAAAGAAUCAUCUCGAACCCGCGUGAUAUGAUUGGUGUUUUACUCUAUGGCACAAAAUCAUCAAAGUUCUAUGAUGAAAGCGAAGGGGACCGCAAAGAUCUAUCAUACCCUCAUUGCUAUCUUUACACGGAUCUAGAUGUUCCCUCGGCCCAGGAAGUCAAGCAAUUGCGGUCCUUGGCAUCUCCAGCGGACGCUGAUGAUGAAGUACGCCAGGUCCUAGAACCAUCAAAGGAGCCGGUAUCGAUGGCCAAUGUCUUGUUCUGUGCAAAUCAGAUCUUUACCUCCAAGGCCCCAAACUUCUUAUCUCGACGACUGUUCGUCGUGACUGACAACGAUAACCCCCAUGCUGACAACAAAGCGUUGCGUUCUGCUGCGACUGUUCGAGCAAGAGAUCUGUAUGAUCUCGGUGUCAAUAUCGAGCUGUUCCCCAUCUCUCACCCAGACCACGAAUUCGAUACCUCUAAAUUCUACGACGACAUAAUUUACAAAACAUCGCCUAGUGAUGGAGAUGCACCAUCAUACUUAAAGCCGGACACUAACACGUCUACGGCUAAAGGUGACGGGCUCUCCCUACUUAACUCUCUACUAUCCAGUAUCAACUCGAGAUCUGUCCCACGCCGAUCUCUGUUCUCGAAUGUGCCGCUUGAGAUAGGUCCCGAUUUCAAAAUAUCUGUCAAUGGAUAUCUACUCCUUAAAAAGCAACAGCCCGCCAGGAGUUGCUUUGUCUGGCAGGGAGGCGAGACCCCCCAAAUUGCCAAAGGUGUUACAAUUCAAACUGCGGAUGAUACAGCACAAGCAGUAGAAAAGUCUGAUAUUCGCAAGGCAUACAAAUUCGGUGGUGAACAGGUUUCUUUCACAGUCGAAGAGCAACAGGCUCUAAAACAAUUUGGUGAUCCCGUCAUUCGGAUCAUUGGUUUCAGGCCGCUAGCAGAUCUCCCAAUAUGGGCCAAUGUCAAACAUCCGUCAUUCAUCUAUCCCUCUGAAGAGGAUUAUAUUGGCUCCACGCGGGUAUUUUCUGCCUUGCAGCAGAAGCUUCUUGAUUCCCAGAAGCUUGCUUUGGUGUGGUUUAUUCCCCGCAAGAAUGCCUCACCAGUUUUGGCUGCUAUGAUUGCUGGGGCCGAAAAGAUCGAUGAGAAUGGUGUACAGAAAAUUCCACCCGGCAUGUGGAUUAUCCCUCUUCCAUUCGCGGACGACGUGCGCCAGAAUCCAGACAGCACCUUACGCCGAGCGGAGGAUCCACUCAACAACGCCAUGAGAGACGUGAUUCGGCAGCUGCAGCUUCCGAAGGCUGUGUAUGAACCCUCCAAAUAUCCAAAUCCUUCACUUCAAUGGCAUUAUCGUAUCCUCCAGGCCGUCGCUUUAGAUGAAGACGCGCCGGGAUCACCAGAUGACAAGACCAUGCCCAAAUACCGACAAAUUCACAAGAUGUCGGCUCCACCACAGCGUGCUGGUGACUAUAUUCUCGAAUGGGCAGAACAACACAAAGCGCAGGCCUCUAAGAUGUUUGGCGGAAGACCAGGCGCCACUUCCACGCUGGUCAAGCGAGGGGCAAAGAGCGAGCCUGCAGACGACCACCCAUCCAAGCGGGUGAAGGUUGAAGAUGGUGCCUCAGGGGUGGAAGACGACGUUAAGCGAUGCUAUGAGAAAGGAAGUGUCUCCAAGCUUACGGUGGCCGUAUUGAAGGAAUUCCUGAAUGCGCAUGGCCGCGCCACAGCAGGGAAGAAAGCAGAUCUCGUGGACCGGGUUGAGCAGUACUUUGAGCAAAAGUUCUAA